AUGCCACAACGGGAUCUAGUUUCGUGGAACGUGAUGCUUUCUGCAUUUGCCAAGUCUGGGCAUUUUUUAGAAGCUUUGGAUCUCUUCCGAUCAUUUCCAGAACGUAACAUUGUUACAUGGAACACACUAUUUUCAGCGUUUGAAAGCGCAAAUCUCAUAAAUCAUGUCCUGGAAGCUUUUCACGCAAUGCCCGAAAGAAACACACUGUCGUGGAAUGCAGUUCUUGCAGCAUUUGCCCAAUCAGGGCAUAUUGAAAGUGCAAAGCAAUUAUUUGAUGCGAUGCCGGAUCGCGAUAUGGUUUCAUGGACCACACUACUUUGCGGUUUCUCCCGCGUUGGAGACGUUAAAUCUGCCGAGGAGUGCUUCAAGGGGAUGCCAUUUCGGAACUUGGUCUCGUGGAACGCGAUGCUUUCGGUGUAUGUUCAAGCUGGAGAGAUCACCAAAGCGGAGAUCAUGUUUGAGGAGAUGCUCCCGGAGAGAGGAGUGGUCGCCUGGACUGUCAUGCUGGGCUUGUACAUUGAGCACCAGGGAGAGGAUUCCACCUUUAAGGAUAACUUCCUUUCGCGAAUGCCGGUGAAGAACAUUGUGUCGUGGAACUUGGUGCUCGUCGAUCUUGCUCAGAAGAGAAAGCUCCACGAAGCCAAUUGCGUCUUUGAUUCCAUGCCCGAGUGGAACCUCGUGGCCUGGAAUGCAAUGCUCAUGGCCUUCUCCCAAGAAGGCGAUAGCGGGAACUUGGAAAACGCCACCAUUCUCUUCCGAGCAAUGCCGUGCAGGAGCUUGAUCUCGUGUACGACAAUGCUGGUGGGCUUCGUCCAGCACAGGAAACUCGAGCAAGCCAAGUGCCUGUUCGAUCAUGGCAUGCCAUACCACGAUGCUGUUUCGUGGAAUGCCAUGCUUGCUGCGUAUAACCAGGGCCAAGAGAGGAGAAAUCUGCUGGAACUCACUGCCUUGUUCGUGGCUAUGCCAGAGAAAGACAUGGUUUCCUGGACGCAAAUGGUGGUGGCGUAUGGACAGAAGGGAUGCCUCGCAAGUUCUCUAGUACUGUUCCAGCAGAUGCCGGAGAAGAAAGACUCUACUGCGUGGAAUGCAAUGCUUACACUGAAUGCCCAAGCCGGGAACUUUGAGCAAACUUUCGGGAUUUACAACGAGAUGGCGAUGGAUGGUUCUCGCCCUGACGAGGUCUCCUUCUCUGGAAUACUUCUUGCCUGCAGCCACUGUGGCGAUCUUAAAGUCGCCAAGCUUUACUUCGCUUCGAUGCUGCGCGACCAUUGCUUGGUGGCUACCAAAGAGCAAUACGGUUGCUUGGUUGAUCUUCUCAGUCGAGCUGGGCAUUUAGGAGAUGCUCGAGACCUCAUUGCAAGCAUGCCAUUCGUUCCAGAGAGUGGAUUCUUGACGAGCUUUGUCCGUGCUUGCCAAGGCUUGAGCGACGUGGAAGCGGGAAACCAGAUUGCCGAGAAGGCCAUUCUCGGGGAUCCAGGGAGUGACGCUCCUUAUGUUUUGAAAGCGAGCAUAUUUCAGUCGAAAGGUGGCUGA